AUGUGGCAGAUACUCUGGAGAAGCCCUCUCUUGACCCCUGUUCUCCAAGUGCUUGAGCUGGUGGCCAGCUGGGACCUGCGUCUUGCCCUCUUGGUCCUGAGCUUCACUUCAGCGGUUGUGCGGAUGGAGGGCCAGGUCUACUCGCCGACUGUCAACACGCACUAUGGGAAGUUACGGGGGGUGCGUGUGCCACUGCCCAGUGAGAUCCUGGGGCCUGUGGACCAGUACCUGGGGGUGCCUUACGCUGCCCCCCCCAUCGGGGAGAAGAGGUUCAUGCCCCCUGAGCCACCACCAUCCUGGUCGGGCAUCAGGAAUGCUACUCACUUCUCACCAGUCUGCCCGCAGAACAUCCACAAUGCUGUUCCUGAGAUUAUGCUACCCAUCUGGUUUACCUCCAAUUUGGAUAUUGUGGCCACGUACAUCCAGGACCCCAACGAGGACUGUCUGUACCUCAACAUCUACAUCCCCACGGAGGAUGUAAAACGGAUUUCCAAGGAAUGCACCCGAAAGCCCAACAAGAAAAUAUGUAGGAAAGGAGGAGCCAGCGCUAAGAAACAGGGCGAGGACUUAGCGGAUAAUGACGGUGAUGAAGAUGAAGACAUCCGGGACAGCGGGGCCAAGCCAGUGAUGGUGUAUAUCCACGGUGGCUCAUACAUGGAGGGCACUGGGAACAUGAUAGAUGGCAGCGUCCUGGCCAGCUAUGGGAACGUGAUUGUCAUCACCUUGAACUACCGCGUUGGAGUGCUCGGGUUCCUAAGCACAGGGGACCAGGCUGCCAAGGGCAAUUACGGGCUGCUGGACCAGAUACAGGCGCUGCGCUGGGUCAGCGAGAACAUCGCCUUCUUUGGGGGAGAUCCCUUGCGGAUCACUGUCUUCGGCUCUGGCAUUGGUGCCUCCUGCGUCAGCCUGCUCACUCUCUCCCAUCACUCUGAAG